AUGGGGGAGGGAAUGACCUGGCUCCCUGUCAUACCUGCCCCUAAGUCCCAGCAGAGAUUGGCCUGCCUGCCUAAAUCCCAGGCUCCAGGCAAAUCCAGGGCAGGCAAAUCCAGGGUCACUACCUGCCUGCGCUUCCCUGGCCAGCUCAAUGCUGACCUGUGGAAGCUGGCUGUGAACAUGGUGCCCUUCCCCCACCUGCACUUCUUCAUGCCUGGCUUUGCCCCCUUGAUCAGCUGGGGCAGCCAGCAGUACCGCGCCUUGAUGGUGCCUGAGCUCACCCAACAGAUGUUUGACACCAAGAACAUGAUGGCUGCCUGUGACCCCCGCCACAGUCGCUACCUGACAGUGGCUGUGGUGUUCAGGGGCCGCAUGUCCAUGAAGGAGGUGGAUGAACAGAUGCUUAAUGUCCAGAACAAGAACAGCAGCUAUUUUGUCGAGUGGAUCCCCAACAACAUGAAGACAGCUAUCUGUGACAUCCCACCCCGGGGGCUAAAAAUGUCUGCCACUUUCAUGGCCAACAGCACAGCCAUCCAGGAGCUGUUCAAGCGCAUCUUGGAACAGUUCACAGCCAUGUUCCGGCGCAAGGCCUUCCUGCACUGGUACACAGGCAAGGGCAUGGAUGAGAUGGAGUUCACCCAGGCCGAGAGCAACAUGAACGACCUGGUGUCCAAGUACCAGCAGUACCAGGACGCCAGGGCCGAGGAGGAGGGCAAGUUUGAGGUGGAGGCUGAGGAGGAGGUGGCUUAG